AUAUAUAUAAACAUCACUAAAGAAGUGAAGAAGUAUAUUAUAUAUAUAUAUAUAUAUUUAUAUAGUUUUUGGUUAUUAGAGGAAGGAGAUUAAAUAAUGAGGGUGGUAAUAAGAAUUAUAAUUGUGUGUAUGUUAUUAGUGUCAAAUAAUUAUGCAGAAGAAAAUGAAGAAGGGAUCCAAAGAAAUCUUCUGGCAAAUGGAUUAGCUUUAACACCUCCAAUGGGAUGGAAUAGUUGGAAUCACUUCCAAUGCAGUAUUGACGAAAAAUUAAUUAAAGAAACAGCUGAUGCAAUGGUUUCAAGUGGACUUGCUGCAUUAGGAUAUCGAUAUAUAAAUAUAGAUGAUUGUUGGGCGGAACUUAAUCGAGACUCUAAGGGAAAUUUGGUGCCGAAAUCUUCAACAUUCCCAUCAGGAAUUAAAGAUUUAGCAAAUUAUGUUCAUGCCAAAGGAUUAAAACUAGGGAUUUAUUCAGAUGCUGGAACUCGAACAUGUAGCAAUACAAUGCCCGGUUCACUAGGUCACGAAGAACAGGAUGCAAAAACUUUUGCUUCUUGGGGAGUUGAUUACUUAAAGUAUGAUAAUUGUUUCAAUACUAAUACCAGUCCAAAAGAAAGGUACCCAAUUAUGAGUCAAGCUUUAUUGAAUUCAGGAAGACCAAUCUAUUUUUCCUUGUGUGAAUGGGGACAAGAGGACCCAGCAACUUGGGCUCCAAAAAUUGGAAAUAGUUGGAGAACAACUGGUGAUAUUUCUGAUAAAUGGGAAAGUAUGACAUCUUGUGCCGAUCAAAAUGACAAAUGGGCAUCCUAUGCUAAACCCGGAGGAUGGAAUGAUCCCGAUAUGCUUGAAGUGGGAAACGGUGGAAUGACAACAGAAGAGUAUCGUGCGCAUUUUAGCAUUUGGGCGCUCGUUAAGGCUCCUUUACUAGUUGGGUGUGAUAUUAGGGCAAUGGACAAUGUUACCUUAAGUUUGCUUAGCAACAAACAUGUUAUUGCUGUUAAUCAAGACAAAUUAGGAAUUCAAGGGAAAAAGGUGAAAAAAGAUGGUGAUUUAGAGGUUUGGAGUGGUCCACUUAGCAAAAACAGGAUAACAAUUGUGUUAUGGAACAGAGGCUCUUCAAGUGCAACAGUUACAGCUUCUUGGUCAGAUUUGGGUCUCAAUCCAACAACGGUUGUUAUGACACAUGAUCUUUGGACGCAUUCGAUUCAAGAUGGUGUAAAGGGAAAUAUUUCUGCAUAUAUAGAAUCACAUGCAUGUAAAAUGUUUGUAUUAACUCCACACUAAUUAAUUACAAUGUGGAGUUAUAUAAUAUUUAUAUUAUAUAUAUAAAUAUUUAUAUAACAUAAGAAAGAAGAGUUCUAUAUAUGGAGUGAUGACUCCUUGUGUACUCAACUAUGAAGUAUGAACUAUUAUUGGAUUUUGUUUUCAAUAUAUAAACAUAAAUUAUUGAUUAA